ACGAAGGGAAAAAGUAGUUAAAAACUAAGACUUUAGUAGAAAUAAAUCUCUAAGAAUUUUGAAAAUGAAUAAAUAGAUAAAAUAAAAUGAAAUUUUUAUCAAAAUUAAUGAAGACAGCAAAAUGGAAUAGAACUUAUUAAAAGACAUGACUAUAGAGCAAAUGAUUUACCAUCCAAAUUAGGAAAAAGAAGAGGACCCUAGCUAUUACAUUAAUAACGAAGGCGCUGAUAAUAGAAGAAGACUUUUUAACUCCUAAUAAGAGAGUAACUUUUUUUCUAGGGCGAAAUCCACAAGUUAAGAUAUUCUGUAUUCUGAAUAUCCUGAUAAAUAAAGUACUCAUGGAUAACGGAAGUCAAGAUUUUUCUUAAAUGAUGAUUAAAGCAAUUACCAGCUACAGCAAGAUAAGGAAUACGAUAAUAUUGCAAAUAAAUCUUAAGAAGAUUAAAAAACAAACACUUUUAGAGAUUCUCAAAAUACAGAUUCAGUGUCUAGCAUAUUUUAAAAAGAAAGGAAAAGAAACGACGUUAAUUUAUUAGAUAACAGUAUAGGAUCAUAAAAAAGCAUGUUUCGAAAUAGAAAGCCUUUUAGAUAUAACACUUUUAUGUAAACAGAAUAAGAAGAACUAUAGACAAAAGUUAACUAAGCCUCUAAAUUUAAAUAAAAUAAUUAAUCUUUCCACAAAAGUACUGCAGUAAUAGUAGAAUAACAAAUCGUUGGUCAUACUCAUAAAAAUCACUUGAUUUCUCUUACAUACUUAAUUAAAUUCGUGAAGUAAUUAUUACUACGAGUAGCAUAUUAAGACUACAGAAUACUUCAAAAAAAAUAACUACAAAUUAUAUCUGAUAAAUCAAUAAUAGAUUUAAACUAUAUAAAUAAAAUGUAUGAAUUUAAUAAUGAAGAAAAUAUUAUCAAACGUAGAAAUAAUGUUCUGAUGCUACAAAAAGGAAUUUAGCAACAAAAAGUUGCAUCAUUGAAAAUACCCAUUCUUUGCUUUUGUAUUGACAUUAUUUUUGGAUUUCACACAGGAUACUACGAAUUAGGAAAACCAAUUAUGAAUAAAUAUAAGAUUGCUGUCAAUUAUUUUCGCCAUAAAUUUUGGAUUGAUUUCAGUUGUACACUUUUGCUCUCCUUUAAUUUAUACUUUGGUUCAAAUAUGAUUGAUUUCCUUGCUAUGUUUCUAAGAAUUAAUUAAAUGAAAAUUAAGAUUAAAAAAAUAGAUUAGCAUUUUCGUCUCUCAUACAGAUAUGCAUUUAUAACAUCAAUUUUAAAGCUUAUAUUAUUAAUUGUGAUUUUAGCUCACUUAACAGGAUGUGGGUUCCAUUUGGUGGGAGACUAUACUAACUAAUUAUAAAGCCGUUCAAAAUAUGGAAAUGAAUAUUAUAAUUCUUGGAUUGACUAUUCAGGUCUAUCAAAUUAAGACUGGUUUACUCGUUAUGUGUGGUCAAUUUAUUUCUCUAUCAUUACUAUGAUAACAAUAGGGUACGGUGAUGUUGUUCCUAUAAAUAUUUAUGAAAAAAUAUAUGUGAUAGGAAUGACUUUUGUAUCUUGUGCUACUUUUGCAUAUUGUAUUAAUACAAUAGGGAAUAUUUUUGCAUAAAGACAUAAAAAAUAGAAAGAUUUUGAAUCUAAUUAAUAUUAGUUGCAAUCCUAUCUAGACUAUAUGGAGUGCUCUUAAGAAACUUAAUUAAGAGUCUUAAAAUAUUUUGAAUAUUUGAAUGAACAAUAAGAGGAAGUUGUGUAAAAUGGUUAACAAAUCUUCACAAAGUGUCCACCAGAUUUAUAAGAAGAGAUUAUACAAGAGAGAAAUUAUAAAAUUCUUAAAUAGAUAGCUUUGUUUAGUAAAAAUUUUAGCAAUGAGUUUAUAAAUAUAUGUGCUAAGUUCAUGGAGGAAAAAAGAUUAGGACCAGGAGAAAAAAUCAUGAUAGAAAACUAAAUACCUUCAUUUUUAGUUAUCAUAAUCAAAGGAGAGGCAGAAUACUUUUUUCAAAAUAUGCAGAAUAAAAGAUCACUCUAGUUAAUUUAAGGAAAAGCUUUAGGGUUAAAAUAAUUUUUGACUGAAACCCCACUUCCUUUAGCUAUUAGAGCUAAAACAGUCUCUACAGUAAUUUAAAUGCCAUACUCAUAAUUCAUAAAUUUAAUCAAGAAUUUUUAAAAUGACUUUGAGUUGUUUUGCUAGAUAAGAGAUUAAAUGAUAUUUGAAAAUCGGUUUAUUGAUUAGUGCUACUCUUGCUUAUAAUAUGGUCAUGAUAUUUCAGGAUGUCCUUAAAUUCAUUACAAAGCAUAAAAUUUUUUGUUUGCUAAAAAAGUUUUUCACUCUUCAAUUUAGUAGAGAGAUUCAUCUUUUAUGAGACAAAAAGGUAAGGAGAGAAACUCUUUAGCCGAAAGAGUCCACAUUGCCAUGAGCCUUAAAAUGAAAAGGUUAGAGCUGAUUCAAUAAAUUUAUCCAGAUUACAAUGAUAUCUGCAUAUCUGACCUUCUGCAAAUCUAAGAAUUAGAUAAGUUUUUUUUUAAGAGGUUUCCUAAAAUUAAAGAUGAAUAAAUAAAAAAACAUAUUUUUGUGGAUGAAAAAAGUCAAAGCUAUUUUAAUAAAGAUAAAAAUGAUCUAUUUGAUGAAAAUUUUUCAUUAUAAAAAUCAAAUAAUUCUUAUGAUUCUGAUUUGAGUUAAGAUAUAACAUCAAGUUCAGAAUCAUCUUAAAGCUCGAAAUCUAUUGAAAUUUCUGAAACUGAUUAAAAAAAUGUUUAAAGAAAACCCUCAUCGGCAAUACUUAGUGAUUAAAAAAAAAGAAAAACGUCAGAUAUGAAAAAUAUUUCUGAAAAUCAAUUAGAAAAUAUAUUAAAUUAAAUAAAUGAAGAAGAUAAAUUAAGUAAAUACAAUAAUUCGGGAGGAAAAAGACUGUCUGACCUAAAAAAUAAAAAAUUAAGUCAUUAAUUAAUAGAUUUUGUGUUAGAAUACAUGAAAUAAUCAAAAAUAGCAUAAGAUGUAUCCAAAAAUGAAAUGACUUAAUCAGAUGAAUUAGAAAAAUAUAAUGAAUAAAAACAAAAUAUUCCAGCUUUAAAUAAUAACGAAAACAGUUCUCACUUAGAGCUUUUGAGAUUAAAUUAUUCAAAAGAAAAUGCUAUUGAUGAAAGAACUAGCACUUAUAAUAAUACAAAUCUUGACAGCUCUCCUUCUUCUUAUAAGCAUAAAUAAGUUUUAAAUAUCCAACAAAAUCAAGAAAAAUUUUUUAAUCAAAAAUCAAUAGACAGAAAAUUUUUACAAAUACUGCAAAAGCAAAGCAAUUAAAUAAAUUAACUAAAAAACAGUCUUAAAAAUUUUAAAAAUCAAGAAAAUGGAUAACCUAAUUAAUAAAGUAUCACAGACCCAAAUACAUAAGAAAAAAUGCUAUUUAACAAUUAUUUACAGAUUUCAUAAAUACUGUAAUCUUGGAAGGUUCAAAUCACUAAAUAAUUGAAUAAUUAGUAGCUUAAACCAAACUUAAAAAGCUUAACAAGUAUAAAAGAUAAUAAGUCAUCAUUUUAAAAAUAAAAAUCAAGAAGCAAUAAAUAAUAAGACACAGAAACUCCUAAGUAAAAAGAGUUUUUAAUUUCUGAGAGCAAUGAAUUAUUAGGAUUUACCAAUAAUAAUUUAUUUGGUAAAUUAGACAUAGGUUUUGAAAGUGUUAAAGACUACCAACGUUACUUCCCAAAAUUUAAUAUGGCUAAUAUCAUAAAAGGAUACAAAAAGAUUUUAUAAAGAUAGUAAUAAAAGGUAUUAAAAUAAUAUGGCACAGAAAAAAAAGUUAAUAAUCAUAAACAUUAAAAAUCAUUUUUUCCUAGAAAUUCUAUUAGAUUUCCUUAAAAUAAUUAAGAAUUAAUUUGA